AUGCCCGACUUUUUGAAGGACAGUCCGGCCUACGGGAACGUGUCGCGCGCCGGCGACGGUUGCGGCGUGGUGGUCGUGCAGGCGCAGCGAACAACGCGACGCCCGAGCCCGGCAAUGCGGCCCGCUCAGUCCGACCUCGUCAACAUUCUCUCAUCGCUGGAGGCGCACUGGCACGUGCUCGAGGCCGAGGUGGUCGAGAUCGGCUCAGACAUCGAGCACUGCAAGCUCUGCUCGAAAAAGUACGGCGACUGGUUCGACUCGCCGCUUCAGUUUCUGCAGGAACUCCAGCGGACGAAGAAGGAGAAGAUGUGA